AGAUGUUGUACAGGCACUGGCUCUGUAGCGCAGGGCGUGGUUAUCCAGUUACGCCCAGCCUUCAGUCAAGAGACCCCAUGAUGUGCACCUGAGCGGUUGCCAAAACAAGACUCGGACAGGCCUAUAUAAAAACAAGCUCAGAACGUAGUAUCUUUGCCGCAGACAUCAGAGGCACAGAAUCAAUUUACAUGACACGGGAUCUGCUUAUUCCCUACGUCCCCAGAAGCAAUAUGCACUUGAGCGCAUGCAAGUCGUGCCACCUGCUAUUCUUGUUUUGUAUUCUUGUGCGGAGUUGCCAGGCGUUCAAGAAUGAUGCUACGGAGAUCCUAUACUCGCACGUGGAUACUCCUGUGCAAGAUACCCCGAGCAAUGUCUCUUUAAAUCGGGCAAGAAACGGCGGGAGAGGCGCGGGAAAUACUGCUGGGAAUGAUAGAGUUGAUCAGAGAAGCCAAGUUGGCUGUAGAGAGCUGAGGUCCACCAAGUACAUCUCUGAUGGCCAAUGCACAAGCAUCAACCCCAUAAAGGAGCUAGUAUGUGCUGGCGAGUGUCUCCCCGCUCAGAUGCUUCCCAACUGGAUCGGCGGCGGCUACGGCAGAAAGUUCUGGAGCCGGAGGAACAGUCAGGACUGGCGCUGCGUCAACGACAAGACGCGCACCCAACGCAUCCAGCUGCAGUGCCAGGACAGCAGCACAAGAACGUACAAAAUCACCGUGGUCACCUCAUGCAAGUGUAAGAGGUACUCCCGGCAACACAACGAGUCGCGUCAUAUCAAGUUUGAGGAGCCUGCCUUGCCUCAGCCCCCGCAUCUCCACAAGCACAAAGCCAAAGCCAAAAGGAGGCUAGGGAAGAUCAAGCUAAACGAGAAUUGGCAUGAAGCAGAGCCCUAAGGCAGGACUGCAGAAUGCCUCAGUGACUGUGGUCUUGGAUUAUCUUUUAUUGGGACUGGCUUGUUGUGAGGAGGACCACUGAAAGUGACUUUUUAAAAGCAAAUGGCAUUGGUUGCUUGCUACAUCUGAGGACCAAUGGGCACCAUUGAAUCAUUAGCUGAUAAGAUGAAAUGAACCUAAAUGGGGUCAUCAUGACCAAUAGAACUGUCUGGAACUUUAAGAUAAUUCGCAUCAUUCAAGUUCUUGUUUGACAAUGUAAACCUACUCUUCACUCCAUUAUACAAACAGUUUUACAGCCAAUAUAAUGUAAAAAAGUAAGCUCUGCAUGAAAAGGGGUUUCCCAUCACAAAAGCACCACAAAUACACAAUGUAAAUAUGUGUACAUAUAUAGUAUAUCACAUGUCCUCUGAAGUAUGGUAACAUAUGUAUAAACGUUUUCUAUAAGAUGUAUAUGAUGUAAUAUAUAUAUGUUGUACUGCUAUUCAUUUGAUAAACCUUUUUAACAUGCAUCACACACAUUUAGCAAGAAGCUGUCAUUGCUCAUAUUUUCAUUUGAAAAAAUAAAUAAAUGUUAAAACAAA